GACAUACACGCAGAUUGCUCAAAAUGCGUACAGAUAACACGCCACUUGGCUUUAGAAAGUGCCGUGUAUGUUUACGCGAAGUCAUGAUGUCAUGUUGGCAGCUACACAGUUUAUUUUUGUCUCCUUCUGACAACAUUUCAGUGUUUAAUCAGAGACGGACUAUCGGGCACCCAGAGAUAGUGUGUGAAGAGCAAACCACAACACUGAGACACAGUCACAGAGGAAGGAGGAGGGUUUAUGUGAUGCUAUGACUAUGAAGUGAACAAAGUGAAGACAUCAUUUCACCAGCUGUUAAGAUGGAGGACACAUCUCUACUGUGGCUACUCUUUCUGACCUCACUGCUGAGCAGCACAACAAACCAAGCCUCUCUGACUGUGAGUCCCAGCAGAUCUCAGAUGUUUAAAGAUGAAUCUGUCUCUCUGAGCUGUGAGGAGGACGACAGCUCUGCUGGAUGGACUCUGAGGAGGAACACGACCAGAAAAACCAGGACUCAGUGUGGAGAUGGCUGGGGAAGACCUGCUGGUUCUUCCUGUAACAUCAGCUACAUGGACCCAGGGGACAGUGGAGUUUACUGGUGUGAGUCCAGAGAGGGAGCAACCAGUAACAGCAUCACCAUCACUGUCCCUGGUGGACCAGUGAUCCUGCAGAGUCCUGUCCUCCCUGUGAUGGAGGGAGAAGACCUCACUCUGACCUGUAGAACAAAGAACUCCUCCAACCUCCCAGCUGGUUUCUAUAAAGAUGGCUCCUUCAUCAGGACUGAGCCUGCAGGUCACAUGACCAUCCACCAUGUUUCCAGGUCUGAUGAAGGCCUCUACAAGUGUCUCAUCAGCAGUGUUGGAGAGUCUCCACCCAGCUGGGUCUCUGUCACAGAGAAACCUACGACUACAAGCCCUCCUUUGAGCUCCACAACCUCUGCAUCCACACCCCCUGAUACAACCUCAGCUCCGCCCCCGACCUCAGUGGUCAGACUGGUCUGCCACCUGGUGGUGUUCUGUCCGUACUGCAUCUCCACUUUCAUCAUGGUGUCUCUAUAUCGAUGCAGGGCCACAGGUCGUUGA